AUGCAUUCUCUUUCCAAGAGCCUCCUGCUCGUCCUGGGCAGCAACAUGCUGGGCGUGAGCGCCGCUCCGGUGGCCGAGGCCGUCACCUCGACCGCUACCACUGCUGCCACCACCACUACUGCCCCCGCUAACUAUGGCAGCUACGGCAACUACGGCGACUACGGUGCCUAUGGCAAUUACCAAAACUACAAGCGUGCUGACGCGGAUGAGGCUGCUGCUUCUUCUUCAACCUCCUCGGCCGCCUCCACCACGACUGCCCCGGCCAACUACGGCAACUACGGCAACUAUGGGGACUAUGGCAGCUACGGUAACUACCAAAACUACAAGCGCGAUGCCGAUGCCUCCAGCGCUUCGACCACCACUACUGCCCCCGCCAAUUAUGGCAACUACGGUAACUACGGCGACUACGGCAGCUACGGCAACUACCAGAACUACAAGCGUGAGGACGAGUCGACUACCGCUGCUCCUGCCACCACCACCGCCCCCGCCAGCUAUGGUAACUACGGUGACUACGGCAACUACGGAAACUACCAGAACUACAAGCGUGAGGACGAAGAGUCGACCACCUCUGCUGCUGCUGCUGCCAGCACCACCACCGCGGCUCCGGCCAGCUACGGCGACUACGGGAACUACGGCACCUACGGCAACUACGGCUCGUACAAGCGCGACGAGCAGCCCGAGGAGGAGAAGGAGGAAGCCUCGACCACCGAGGCUGCCCCAACCACCACCGCGCCCGCUAGCUACGGCGACUAUGGCAACUACGGCAACUACGGUAACUACCAGAACUACAAGCGCGACGAGAGCUCCUCCAGCACCACGAGCUCCGCCGCUAGCACUACCACCACCACUGCCCCCGCCAGCUACGGCGACUACGGCAACUACGGCACCUACGGGAACUAUGGCUCGUACAAGCGGGAGGAGGAGCCCGCCGCCAAGGAGGCAGAGGACGCCUCUUCCGCGACCUCGACCGCCACGGCGAGCGCCACAACCGCCCCGGCCGGCUACGGGGACUACGGAAACUACGGCAACUACGGCAACUAUGGGACCUACCAGAACUACUAG